CCUGGAGUUCUGGACGUAUGACAGGAACGUCUACAUCUCUCCUUUGCCUGACUUUUGUUCCCCUAGAAGAGUAUAGAGGCAUGUACUUAAACCAGCGCACCUCCCAAAGAAACAGCCUGAGUUUCCCAGCGUUGUUAAAUGGCAUACCAACUGCUAGGAACCCCCUGAUCCUUCUGCUGCAGGGCCAUGCCAGACUCUUAAGGGCAGGCAGUAGUGAUCUGAGGUAAUUGUGAUCACAUCCAACUGUGCAGCCUCUUAUUGGAGGUUGCAGAAAUUUCCUCACCAGAAGUGGACAAGCUCGGUCAGGCAGGCAUCAUGCCGCAGCAGCUCCUGAUGACCCUGCCCUCCGAGGCCAGCACCUGGGUGAAGUUGCACCAUCCCAGGAGGGCCAUGGAGGGGGCACCUCUGUGGGAGGAUGUGACUAAAAUGUUUGAAGGACAAGCUUUGCUAUCUCAGGAUACUGAUGAGACCCAGGGAGGAAGUUUAGAGGAUGAAGUGAUUCCUGGGCUCCUGACAGCAGAAUCUCAGAAACAUUUGAACUUCAAAGACAUAUCUGUGGACUUCACCCAGGAGGAGUGGGGACAACUCGCCCCCGCCCACCGGAAUCUGUAUCGGGAGGUGAUGCUGGAGAAUUACAGGAACCUGGUAUCAUUGGGAUAUCACUUUUCCAAGCCUAGUGUGAUUUCACAGUUGGAGAAAGGAGAAGAGCCAUGGAUGAUAGAAAAAGAAGACCUAGGAGAUCCCAGUACAGACUUCAAGAGUAAGACAGAAACCAGCAGGUCAGCCCCAAAGAAUGACAUAUCCCAGGAACAGUUAUAUCAUGGCAUUAUGAUGGAAAGGUUCAUAAGCAAUGAUGUCAUUUAUUCCACGCUAAGAAAAGUCUCCAGAUAUGAUGAUACUGUAGAAGGUCACCAGGAAACCUAUUGGGCAGAUGUGAGAGAAGCCAUUUUGUCCCACAAAAAGAGAGGCCAAGAAGCUAAGAAAUUUGGGGAAAAUAUUGUGAGUUCAAAUGUUAUUUUAGAACAGAAACACUACAAAUGUGACAACCCUAGAAAAAGAAACAAAUACAAAUUAGACUUGAUUAAUCAUCCAAUGAGUUGCAUAAGAACAAAAAUCUAUGAAUGUAAUAUAUGUGAAAAAAUGUUUAAACAACCCAUUCACCUUACUGAACACAUGAGAAUUCAUACUGGUGAGAAGCCUUUCAGAUGUAAGGAGUGUGGAAGGGCCUUCAGUCAAAGUGCAUCUCUUAACACACACCAAAGAAUCCAUACCGGUGAGAAACCCUUUGAAUGUGAGGAAUGUGGCAAAACCUUCAGGCAUCGCUCAUCACUUAAUCAACAUCACAGAACUCACACUGGGGAAAAACCUUAUGUAUGUGAUAAAUGUCAGAAAGCCUUCAGUCAGAACAUUAGCUUGAUCCAGCAUUUGCGGACUCAUUCUGGAGAGAAACCCUUUACCUGCAAUGAAUGUGGAAAAACCUUCCGACAGAUCAGACACCUUAGUGAGCACGUAAGAAUUCAUACUGGGGAGAAGCCCUAUGCAUGCACUGCAUGUUGCAAAACCUUUAGUCAUAGAGCAUAUCUUACACACCACCAAAGAAUCCACACUGGAGAGAGACCCUACAAAUGUAAGGAAUGCGGGAAAGCUUUUAGGCAGAGGAUACACCUUAGCAACCAUAAAACUGUUCAUACAGGAGUGAAAGCAUAUGAAUGUGACCGCUGUGGAAAAGCUUACAGGCAUGAUUCAUCCUUUAAGAAACAUCAAAGACAUCACACUGGAGAAAAACCUUAUGAAUGCAAUGAAUGUGGAAAAUCCUUCAGCUAUAAUUCAUCACUUAGCCGACAUUAUGAAAUACACAGAAGAAAUGCAUCCCAAAAUAUUGGGUAAAAAAUGAGAACAGAAGUCAACUCUAAGUCAUUCUAAAGCUUUAAGAUUUCAGGACUCAAUUCUGAGAAACCGAUAGGAUGGCAACUUUUAAUUUUGUCUGUGUAAAUAAACACUAUGUUCAUAAACUAUUUACUGACACCUCUAUACUAAAUACUUAAGGAUAAACCCUGGUCCUUCAAAUUAAAUUCAGCAUUAUGAAAAAUUCACAACAAUUUUUUUCUGAUUUCACGAUGGAUUAUAAAAUACUCAGGCAUCCACUCAUUUACAGACUAGCAUUUGGGAACUACUGUUUAAAACAUGCCA